AUGCCGUGGACACGUCCGGACGAGAAGGAAAAAGCCGUGAUUGCUGAACAAUAUCGCAACGUCAUUAACGAUGAACGGACAUCACUGCUGCCAACAACAAAUGUAUCUCUAUCAAGCAGCAACAGUGCCUUACUUUCCGUUACUGCUGGUGGUGGUGGUGGUGGCACUCGAUCAGAGGCCAUUGGCUUGACGAUCAUGGCAUUGUGUGCCCUCACCUAUAGUAUUAUGAACCUCUUAAUCAAAUCGACCGGUUCCUUUGUCCCAUCGUUCCAAAUCGCGUUUGUUGGCUCUGCGGUGGAAACCGUUCUCAGCCUGGCUACAUGUCAAUUUCUAAAGAUCAAUCCGUCGGGACCACGCUGUCAACGCCCUUGGAUGAUCGUUCGCGGUGUUUCCGGUGCAAUCGCCUUGGCAGCAAUUCUCUACAGCAUGACUCACAUGCCACUUGGUGAUGCAACAGUAAUCGUCUAUCUGAACCCAGUUUUCACUGCCAUCCUCGCUGCCAUUAUUUUACACGAACCAUAUCAUUGGUUUGAAGGCGUUUCCACUAUACUCUGUCUAUUGGGUACGACUCUUGUUACUCAACCGGGAUUCUUGUUUGGAGCCGGUAGUCAUACUGAUGGGAACAACCAUGAGGAAACAAUCGGUGCAGUUACAGCUCUGGUUGGCGCUUUUGUCGUUGCAAUUGAAUAUAUUGCUGUUCGCAAGGUCGGCGAAGCUGCCCAUUUCAUGGUGAUUGUCGUCUACAGUGCCACCUCAACCUUCUUGAUGAGUAUCCCAUUAUUGUUCACCUUUCAGAAGUUUGUGUGGCCUCAAUCGUGGUAUCAAUACUGCGCUUUAUUUAUGAUUGGUGUGAUGCAGUUUGCUAGCCAUUGCUUGAUGGGUAAAGGACUGCAAUUGGCUCCUGCUGGACCGGCCUCGGUAAUGCGUAUGAGCGAGGUCGCUUAUGCAUUUUUGUUUGGUAUGCUGGUAUUCAAUGAGUACCCCAAUCUGGUGACCCUGACCGGUGUAGUUAUUAUCGUCGUAACGACAAGUGCACUAGCGUGGCGCAAAUGGAGUCGAGCCAACAGUAUCGCACGACAUGGAUAA